GACCCGCAGCCACAGAUUCCUCAUCCUCAAGCCAAGCUAAGGGGCAGAGGGGCGACAGCCCGGCCGCUAUGAAGCUGACUCGGAAGAUGGUCCUUUCCCGGGCCAAGGCUUCGGAGCUGCACAACGUGCGGAAGCUCAACUGCUGGGGCAGUCGUCUCACAGAUAUUUCCAUAUGCCGAGAGAUGCCCAGCCUGGAGGUGAUUACGCUCAGCGUCAACAGUGUCUCAACCCUGGAGCCCGUGAGCUGCUGCCGACGCCUGAGUGAGCUAUACCUGAGGAGGAACUGCAUCCCCAACCUGGAUGAGCUCUUCUACCUGAAGGACCUGCCGCACCUCAAGGUGCUGUGGCUGGCAGAGAACCCGUGCUGUGGCACCAGCCCCCACCUGUACCGCAUGACGGUGCUGCGUAACCUGCCCCACCUGCAGAAGUUAGACAACCAAGCUGUGACUGAGGAAGAGCUGACGCGUGCACUGAUGGAGGGAGAGGAGAUCACCGCUGCCCCAGGCAGAGAGGGUGUGGGCAGCGGCUGCCCCAAGCCAUCCUACACACUGAACUCCAUCACUGCUGAGACUGGCCGGGGCCUGCUGAGUUACACUGAGGAGGAGGCAGACAGCAUCCAGGGCCAGCUCAGCCUGAAACCCUCUGCCGGGGGCCCGUCUCCUUCCUUCUCACAGUGGGACAUGCUGAGCAGUCACAAGAGUAAGGGUGCUGCUGGCUGGGCUCCAACUCAAACCCUCUCUGCCCUCAGAAUAUCUUGACAGCCAUUUUACUGCUGCUGCGGGAGCUGGACACAGAAGGACUGGAGGUUGUCCAGCAGACCGUGGCCAGCCGGCUCCAGGCACUGCACAGGCAGGAGCUG